AUGAAUGCCUGGGACGAUGAAACCGGAAUCAAAGAUUAUGUGAUUCGCAACUACUUCAAACCAGCUGAUACCGAUCCAAGUUACAAAAGCCGAACACAGUGUUGUCUUCGCGAUAAAGUUGCCAAUUUGGAUCGGUGCGCCUUGUUCGAGAGAGCUUAUCAUUCAUUCAUGUGUUACUACCAAAACUACGGCAAUAUCGUGCCGGAAGCCCAGUUCAUUCCUUGGUACCAAGUGGAUCGCGAGAAACAUCUCCGGGAAGUGUUUCUCAUCGAGGGUAUCACCCGUGUCCAGCUAGAGGAGUUCCAGAGAAGUGAUGCGCUUAAGGCUAAAGAAUAUCCAAUUCUUUAUUACAUCGAUUUCGUACGAACUGCUUUCUACGAUCCGUCGACUGGACACAAUUUGGAACGACUUUAUACACAGUUUGGAAACCCGGGACUAUUGGCAGAUGAAACGCGUCGGUGCUUGGAUGCUGUGAGCCUGCAGUACUGCGACGAACCAGUUCGAGCGUAUCAAGGUUUCGAUCAGUGUUUUGCGUAA